AUGUUAAUAGGUAUAUCUGGGACUCUUAGUUCGGGAAAAACAGAGGUCGCUCGGUAUUUGACGUUUCAAGGAUUUAAAUUGCUAGUGUUCAAAGAUAAUGACGAUAAAGAGGUCGAAUCAUCUUGGUCAAGUGAAUCAUCAGCGGCAAUUGAUAUCAAAGAUUUGUCGCUUUCUAACGAUGAUAUUACAACCAAGGUUAUAAAUAAUGGCACGAUGGAGCCGUAUAAUCUAUUCAAUGAAUUAGACGAGUUACUUGAUUAUGUGACUACAAACUGGCGGAUGAACUUUGUAAUUUCUCACAUCAGUGAUAUUGAAAUGUUGAAUUCGCUCCAGAAAAGACCUUUUUUUUUACACAUUUCGAUAGACGCUCCAAUACAGUUGAGGUUUAAGAGAUUCUCUAUUAAGCAGCAAAAGGGUUUAUCUCUUGAGGAGUUUAUUUCUCAAUCGGAUAAACUUUUAUUCUCCUCCACAAAUCCAUUAAUUGAAAUCAAUAACCAGGCUCAAAUUAAGAUCAUAAACACGUCUGCAUCGAUCAAGAGCUUGUAUGUAAAAUUGUCUGAAUUGAAUUUAUUGAACCAAGAGAGAUUGAGACCUACAUGGGACUCGUAUUUUAUGAGAUUGGCCGACUUGGCAGCAUUGAGAUCUAAUUGUAUGAAACGUAGGGUUGGAUGUGUUGUAGUCAGAGGUAAUAGGGUAAUGGCUACAGGCUAUAAUGGAACGCCUCGGAAUUUAACCAACUGUAAUGAAGGUGGAUGUUCCAGAUGUAACCAAGGACAAGGGAGUGGUGCAGCAUUAUCAACAUGUUUAUGCUUACACGCAGAAGAAAAUGCUUUACUCGAAGCAGGUAGAGAUAGAAUAACUGGAGGACAAACAGGUGAGAAUAGUGUUCUAUACUGCAAUACAUGCCCUUGCUUGACAUGUUCAAUUAAGAUUGUUCAAAGUGGCAUCAAGGAAGUUGUAUACGCUCAAAGCUAUUCAAUGGACAUAUUAUCACAUAAGGUGAUGUCAGAAGCUAACAUUAUAUUACGACAGUAUAGUCCUCCAACAGAUGGCAUUUUUAUUUAG